CCACCCAAUUCAUUUCCAUUCCCUCUCUCUCUCUCUCUACAUUCUCUCUCUAACAUUGCAUACUUCAACAAGAAGAAGAAGUAGAAGUAGAAGCUAGCUAGGAAGAGGAGACUACCAUUCAGACACCACACAUAUUUCAUGUUCAUGGAGCUUCCAGUCAGCCGACACCAUGAUAUAUUGAUGGCUUCUUCUCACAAUUCGCCGCUCCAAGACAUGCUAGCGUGUGGCCAGAAGGUUACCCCGCAGCAAGAGCAGAGGGAUAAUAGCGGCGGCAAUAACAGUAAGGCGGCCGGGAACAAGCCGCAGCCCGAGCAAGCCCUAAAGUGCCCUCGGUGCGACUCGACGAACACCAAGUUCUGCUACUACAACAACUACAGCCUGUCCCAGCCCAGGUACUUCUGUAAGUCCUGCAGGAGGUACUGGACUAAAGGGGGAACCUUGAGGAAUGUUCCCGUGGGUGGAGGCUGCAGGAAGAACAAGAGGCCCUCUUCUUCCUCUUCCUCAACUUCGAAGAGGCCGAAUUCCCAUCUCGACCCUCAAUUCUCGGCUGUCGCCACUGAGGCCACUAGCAUCCCUCUUGUCAAUAGGUUCCCGAUGGACUUGGGUCUUGGGCAGUUUGGCGGUGAGCCCCAGAAGAGGUUCGAACCCAACUGCGACCUCUCCUUCUUGGGAAGCCUCGGGCUCCACGGCAUGAUCAGCAGCACCCCUAAUGUUGGUUCCUCUUCGGUCGAUAUCCCUGGCUUCUUCGAUUCCGUCAGGAACGGACUGUUCCAUGAGACCCAGCACCACCAGAGCAGCUUCCACAACUUCUAUCACGGAGCUGGGGAGAUCCCUGGGCCAUGUGAGGAAUUAUCCUGCAGCGUUAUGAAGCGCGAGAUGAUGUCAGACUUCGGGAAUGACAAUCGGGUCCUGUGGGGAUUCCCAUGGAGCGGGAAUUCUGAGGAAGUUGAUUCGGCAAGAUAGGGGGGUUCGUGGAACGGGAUGAACUCAGCAGCAACAAAUUGGCAUGGGCUUAUCAACAGCCCUCUGAUGUAGAACUGAAUUAACAGGUCAAGAACCAAAAUUUGCGGAGUUAAUUAUUAACGGCAGACUUUUGUAGUUUUUUUUUCCUUAUGAAUAUGGGGUUGGAGAGGGGAGGGGGAUAGGCACCAUAACUUAAUUAAUUUUAGUCCUCUUUGAGUUUUGCACUGAACAUGAAGAGAGUUGAUUCACUCUUCUUCUUCGCUGAACUAAUGGGUUAGCAUCUAAUUAAUCUUUCUUCUUAAGAUAUUUAUAUAGCUUGGGUUUUCGGUUCUGAUCA